AUGGGAAAAGUAACACGUGAUGUGGCCAGUGACACGUCUAUCGAUGAACAAAGAAAAACUGUCCGGAAAGAACAGAAAACCCGAACAAAGAAGAAGAAACGUAAAAGGGAUCUGACAGAUCUACAUCGAAGAUUAUUCAAAUCGAAGAAGCAGAAUCGAGUGACAUGCAAAUUUUGGCAGAGUAGUUUCGUUAAACUUUUGCAACGUUUUGCAGACAUACGAGAUGAAUAUGAUAAUGAAACGAAGAUCGAUGGGAAAUUAGGUAAGGCGCGAACUUCAAAAAAGGCGCCGAAUAGAAUCCUUCCGAGACCUUUAGCCGGUAUAUAUAGAAAUGGUGCAGCAGGCAAAGAAAUACGAAGAUCUCAAAAGAAAUUACCCUUAAACGAUUUAAAUAACGCUCGCCUACAAAGUAAUGUGCUUAAACUUUUAGAUGGAUAUGAUUCGAAAUCAGAAGCCAUCGUCAUUAAAAAUGAUAAAAAUGAGAUUUUAAAUGACUCGAUUCUAUUCGAUACUACUAUUAAAAAUGUCCAACCAUCUUCUGAUCAUCUAUACAUAAGUCCAGUUUUGGGUAAAGUGGAUGGAAAGAAAAGGUGCGAAAAGGAAGAACGCUUAAAACAUCUGAAACCCGAAUGCAUCAAGUUCCCUCAAAAACUACUAGAGAAAAAGAAAACAAUUGAUUCUGAAAAUUUACGCAACUCGGCGUUAAGUAAAUAUGAAGAACUAUGUAGGAUUAUUUGUUCCGAAAAUUUCGAGGGGCAAAAUUUUCCAAACUGUUUUACAACAGAUCCGCUGACAACUGUAAAAAAAAAAUUAAGAAGCAUCUAUGCUGAAUCAUUUCGGAGUCAAUUUUUACGGGACAUGAUUAAGCGUGGUAAUAUUCUGAAUGAAUGCGAUACGCCAAGUACUUCAGUUGAAAAUCAUCUUCCAAACACCGAAUAUUGCCCUCCUAAAUAUACUCAAGAUACGGAUCUUACGUCUGUGACUCUUCAUAAUCCAAACCGACAUUUUGAUCAUAAAAGCAACAGAAAGGACGACGAUUUGAAAGGAAGACAAAAUUCACUUUUAAUACCGGAAACAAAUUUUAACUUGAAUUGUAAAAAAUAUGGAAUUGACACUUCCAAUUUUUUAUUUGACUUAUCUUUACUGAACACUUCUAAUGCCAAAAAAAAGAACAUUCUUGAGUCGGAAAUUACCGAUGCAGCAAGAAACAUAACGAGUGAGGACGAUUCAACAGAAGUAAAUACCCAUACUUCUUUAGAAGUAAACUAUUCUACACCUUCUGUAUACAGCAACAACAGCAUUAUCAAACAUUUCGAAACAAAUGAAAUUGGAAGAAUGAAAGAAGAAAACCCUUUUCUAUUCGUAUCAAGAGAAACAGAUUUUCAAAAUGAACCUACUGAUAUGAAACAUAUGUUAAAACACAAGAAUCGGCAUGGACAGCAGAUACAACCCUUAAACAGUGAAUCAAACAAGUACUCGGAAAAACAAAAUUCAAAAAUGCUACAGCAAUAUAAAAUGAAGAAUUUAAAACACAUGCCCGCUAUAUUGCGAAGAUGCAACAACGCUGUCACAAAUAAUAACAGUCGACUGCAUUUAUUCCAGGAGCCAAUGCAUAUUAAUAAAGAACCGCGGGAGAUGCUUUUCGACGUAGCGCCGAAACAAAAUGUUCUUUUUACUUCCCAAUCUCUGAAAACGAAAUUGAAUGAAAAUUCGAAGAGGCUGCAAAGAUCAAAUACUAUAAGUACAUUAUUCGAUACUGGGGAAAUGAAAGAUUUGAAUGUUCAAACCAGUGUAAUGGAAUCACCGAAUGUAUGUGACGAUGAAGUAUAUUUUACGAAAAGUUCUUACUCCCAACCAGUGGAAUCCAAACAGCAACCACAAAAUCUCCACGUAAAUGAUAUUUUUGUGAACAAGAAAAAUCCGCCAGUACAGAAAACUGUGAUGUUCACGAAAAAAGAUUCGCGGAACAUAGGACAUUGUUUAUAUUUGAAUAAUUUAAUUUCUGAUGGAACAGCGGAUAAUUCGAAUGUUUGUAUUAUACGUAAGAACGUUCCUUCGCAAGGUGAAAAAUCAAAGAAAAAUACGUGUGCUGUACAUAAAAAUUGUCAGAGAGUACCCGUGAAUUCUCAUAGAACAUUUCAAUGUUCUCAGAAUUGUAAGGAUUCUAAUGAUGGUGGUCAAGAAUUUAAAAAAACAAGUGCAUCGCAAAUACAAAAUAUACAAAUGCACCAGAAGCCAAUUGUUUGCGAGAAAGUAUUAGUAAGAAAAGUUCAACAACAGUCUAAAUGUAGAAAUAAUCAGAACUGCCAUAGUGAUCCACAUGUUUGUUAUGUGAUGGUCGAUCAAUGUAAAGAUUUUAAUAACAUGCAAGAAUGCCAUUACAAUAAUAUAUCUCAAAUUGAGAAAUCAAGAAUGUUACAAAACAGACGUCCUCGUCAAGAAGAUAUAGCUGAUAUUGGUAUUUUAAAAGGCGUUCAGAAUAUGAAGAUCUUGCCUAUGGAAGGUCGAGAAUCGCAAAUAAAAUAUACUGACAAUCAAUGUAUCGAAAAUACAGUGAUUCUAGAAAAACAGCCAAUUAAGUACUUGGCAUACGAAAACAAUUCCAAAACUCAGAAAAUUCCUAUAUAUAUGCAAGAGAAUAAACACGUUGCAUCUGUCGAUAACGUAGAGAUAAUUAAUCCAAAUGCUAAUUAUCGUGUAGUAUCGUAUCCUCAAGAAUCUACGCAGAAAAUUAUUUUCGUACCAACAUGUGAACAGAAUGAAAUUGUAUAUGUUAAACAAGAAGAUUUACCUCGUUCGAAUAUUGCUUUUGAAGAAUGUUCUCGCCCUAGAAAGGUAGUUUUGUAUCGACCGGAAGUCCAAUGCGUCAAAGAUUCUCCAAAUACAUGUGAAAUUCACAUUCCGAAACACAAUGUGAUAGAAAUAAAGGAAAAUGAUUGUGAUACAAUUGUUACUAACUUGAAAAUGGAUAAUACUAAAAAGUCAAGGCACGGUGUAGUAAAUUGGGAGGAACUUCAUUAUCGACCGAAUAAUGAACAAGAUGCUUAUAUAGGUACUCAAGCAAUAUAUUAUCAGAAAUAA